AUAAGUAAAUAAAUAUGUAGAGUAUAGAUAACUAAUGCUUGUAUCGUAUUCAAUAGUUACAACUGUAUCGAACCCAAAUUGAACUACGCGUACUGUUGUUCAGUUCAUCUUCUUUAGGGGAACAUUAUGAAUCUGCUACAAAAGGAAGUGAUCGGAGACUGGGAGAUCUCGACUGUAAAGGACCGCAUCAGUAACUCGAACGAACGAGAUACAGAUGAGGCCGCACUGAAUAUUCCGCUUCCUGAAAUGUAUUUCGGUUUCAACAAGCUACGAGUCGAACACAUAACUGGAUGGGCAUUAGAAUUCAUGGCCAUGGAUGCACUCGACAUGGUUGACAAAGACACGCCUACGGUGAAAGUGGGAUGGGCCGACCACUGGCACAGAAAUAGAGGUCAUAGCGAACAUAUAAAGGAAGUUGUCAAACCUUUUGAUUGGACGUAUAGUACGGCUUAUACUGGUUCUCUGCGAUCUGUCGAUGGUGAUCAGACGAUCAAUUUGCCCACUAUCUCAGCGGCACUCCAGGGAGAGGCUAUCGACUAUGAACUAUUGAAGCCUCACAGAGAACCUAUAUUGUUUUAUGGUGAAGUCAUACUCUUCGAAGACGAACUGGCGGACAACGGCGAGAGUACCGUCAGCGUCAAAUUUAGAUGCAUGCCUAGCGGAUUCUUUAUUCUCUUGAGGCAGUUUAUCCGCGUGGACGACGUUCUCAUCAGGAUACGUGACACGCGCAUACACCACAUAUUCGAAACCCAACAUAUGAUCCGCGAAACGGUCACCAAGGAAGGCGUGUACAAUAAAGUCAUCCCGUCUAUUUCAAUGUCACAGGAUAAGACAAACACAAAUAUACUGCGAGACCCGCCGGCCUUGGAUGCAGCACUAACUCUCAUGUCCAGCAACGUCGAUAUCAUAUCGUGGGAGAACAAAUCGGAUGCGAUCUUAUAGUAUAUAUGUAUCAAGUAAAAUAAUAAAAACGGUCGAAAACCUC